AUGUACGGCAGGAUAUUCGCCUGUCUGCUUGUACUGUUCGGUGUGCGGUCCAGUGUGUGCAGCUUACCCUGUGACUAUAUCGAUUCGGUCAACAUUACGGAUGGGGAACGGUUGCCGAACGACGAGAUCCGCCAUAAUGGGGUGAUCUACAACAAGACGUACUAUCGUAUGAUCGAUUACGAGUACGAGGACUUUGCGACGAAAAAGUACGUACCGAAUUACAUUCGUGGGUGCCUGUGUGCGGUGCGGAUUUGUGUACGGCUGUGCUGCGGGGAACGCGAGUAUCUUGGCAAAAAAUGUACCCAAUCGGACGACUAUUUGCCGGUGGUGGUGAACGUGAGCGUGACGGAAACGAUCGAUCUGCGGAACCAUUCGCGGUACGGGUUUCUUUAUGGGAAGCCGUGUGAGCAGGUGUACGAGCUGCUGCCGGAGGAAAGCUCGGCGGAUGAGUGGAGUAUCGCAAGGAACGGCAGCCUCAUCAUCGCAGACGAGCUGCUUAUUCAACGGAACCAGUACUGUCUAGCACCGAGGCUAAAUUCAAACUUUGCCUCUGGGCUCAUUUGCUUCACAUCGAACGAAGAGUUCAAGUACAAUCUCUAUCCGGUCGGCAUGCUGCUGUCCGUACCGUUCCUGCUGCUCACUUUCUUCGUGUACGCCUGCAUACCGGACCUGCGGAACAUGCACGGCAAGUCACUGAUGUGCUACGUGCUGGGCUUGAGCGUCGGUUACACGGUGCUGUCAAUGGUGCAGCUACGCGUCUUCCCUGGGGCGAGCUCGUCGUGUGUGAUCUCCGGCUACAUCGUUUACUUCUCGUUCAUGGUCAGCUUCUUCUGGUUGAACGUGAUGUCGUUCGAUAUCUACUGGACGUUCAAGGGCGUCACGGGUGUUCGCAGCUCGGAAACGAAAAAGUUUCUGCUCUACUCACUGUACGCCUGGGGUUGCCCGAUCCUGCUGGUAGCGACAGCAAUUCUGGCGGAUUAUACCGAUGUGUUGCCGCAGUAUCUUCGACCACAGUUUGGCACAACCAGGUGUCUUUUCGUUGAAAACAAACUAAUCGAGUUCCUAUACCUGUACAUGCCGUUGCUGAUUCUGGUGUUUAUGAAUGUAGUUUUCUUCGUAAUAACUGCCCUGCGUAUCUACAAGAUACAGUGCGAAACGUCGGUUGUACGUCGCGGAGAUUCAAAACGGCACACCAAGCUGGACAAUGAUCGUGAUAGAUUCGGACUCUACUUGCGACUGUUCAUUGUGAUGGGUGUCACCUGGUCGCUGGAAAUCAUCUCAUGGGCCGUCGACAACAAUGCCUGGAUCUUUUACGUUUCGGACGUGUGCAACUGCAUCCAAGGCUUUCUCAUUUUCGCCCUGUUUGUGCUAAAGCAGAAAAUCAAACGAUUAAUCUACAAAAAGUUCGGUAUCCGGGAAAUCAGACAGGAGCAAAAGAUGUCGUCCUGCAGUACGAGAACAACGGCCACCAUGGUUUCAUCCUACCAAGAGUCCAAAUCGGAAAAUCCACUCGUCACACAAUCGCACGUAAUUACACACACGCCGUCGAGUUCUCAAAGUGAUAUGGGGCUGCAAGUGACGCAACGUGAGGCUUAUCGGCGUACGAUAAGACUACGUCCGGUAGAUCGGUAUUGGUGGUGCAAGGUCGGUGUUGGGGCGAUGUUGUUGUGGACUGCUCUGUUCGGCAUCGAUGACGUCGAUGCGGCAGUCCUCUGUCCACUGUCGGAAACGGUCGACAUUAGCAACGGAACACAGGAUGCGGAUGGAACCAUCGAGUUCGAAGGUGUCCGGUAUGGUUCGAAGCAGUAUUUCCGCGACAGUAACGAUGCUGUGCGUGGUUGUGUGUGUCUUAUCAAGCAGUGCAUUCAUAUCUACUGUGCGGAUGAUACUCCAGCAGGACAACCGUGUCUCGAUGAUUUGAAAGUUAACUUUUCAUCGUCCGCGGAUGGGAUGGUGUAUGAAACGCGCAAUCUGCGAGACGAUCCAAACUAUCACUUCUUUUACUUUCAACCGUACUGUUCGAUGGAAUUUUUGGCACUCUCUGCGGAUGAGUACGUACUGCGUUCGCCAGCAGAACCGCAUGCGUUUGCCGGCUACUGCGAAACGGUUGAUGCACUUGCAAUGCACCGUAUGUACUCGAUAGUGGAUCCGCUAACGAUGUUUGCAACACUGUGUUGUAACACGAUACUAGAACACACACCCCGUUUUUUAAAAUUCCCAACAGGCAUCCUGGUAUCGCUACCAUUCCUGGUGGCAACGUUCGUCGUGUACGCGAUACUCCCCGAGAUGCAAAACAUUCCCGGCAAGUCGCUGAUGUGCUAUGUGGCGGCCCUGACCGUCGGCUACCUGUUGCUGGCACUGAUGCGUUUCAGCCUGUACGGCUAUCAGACGAGCUGGUGCGUUGUGUCCGGGUAUCUGGUGUACACGGCACUGUUGGCGAGCUUCUUCUGGCUGAAUGUGAUGGCGUUCGAUAUUUUCUGGACGUUUGGCGGCAGUCGGGGACGGUCGAGCGAGCGGCGAAAGUUUCUGUACUACAGCCUGUACGGUUGGGGUGUGCCGUUGCUGAUCGUAGGGUUCGUGACACUGGUGGACAAUACGGAGUUUGUGCACGAAUCGAUGAGGCCGCAGUUCGGCAAGGAGCGAUGCUUCAUGAGUGUGGAGCGGCUGAUUGGGUUCUUGUACAUGUAUCUACCGCUGCUGUUGCUGGUCAGUGCGAAUGUGGUGUUCUUUGCCGUGACGGCCAUUCGCAUCUACCGGAUGGAGCAGGCGACGGCUUCCACGCUGACCGGGGAUUCCCGGCGCCACACAAAAUACGAAAAGGACCGCAAUAGGUACAGUUUGUAUUUGCGGCUAUUCAUCAUCAUGGGUGUGACCUGGACGGUGGAGAUCAUCACCUGGUUGGUUGGUGAAACCUCCUGGCUGAUCUAUCUGGUCGAUAUCUGCAACUGUUUGACGGGCAUAUUCAUAUUUCUACUGUUUGUGUGGAAGCCGAAGGUGAAACAGCUGCUGCUGAAACGAUUCGGCAUUAAACGGGGCGUCCCGGGACGGAACGACCAGAACACUAACAGCACCGUCAGCACAACGCGGUCGACGGACCUGAAGGGUACAGCAAACCCUGAGACUCGCCUGACGGAUAUGACUCAUGGGAAUUGAGAGGUGUUUACACU